AUGUUCAAAUUCAGCCCUGAAUUUGUCAAUUUCACCCAAACCCUCCACCAGGACACGUACCCUUUCACCUCCUCAUCCGACCACCGCAGCCACGCAGUUCUCAUCACUGGCGCCUCUCGCGGAAUCGGAAAAGCGAUCGCGCCCUCAUUCACCCGCGCCGGGGCCUCAUCCAUCGCCAUCGCCGCACGCAGCGACCUUCACGACCUCGAGUCCAGCAUCAUCCACACCAGCCAACGUGCUGGACAUGCCCCGCCUAAAGUCCUCCCUCUCGCCCUUGACGUGACCGACGAAGCCGCAGUAUCCAACGCCGCAGCCCAGGCAGAAGCGCAGUUCGGCCAUCUGGACAUCCUCGUCAACAACGCCGGCCGGCUCGAAGCCCUACACGCAAUCGGUGACAGCGACCCGUCCGAAUGGUGGAGGACCUGCAAGGUGAAUCUCAAAGGAACGUAUCUGGUCACGCGGGCGUUCCUGCCCUUGCUCUUACGGGGCCAGGGACGGACAAUCGUGAACAUGAGUUCGAUCGGGGCCAUCAUGCAAACGCCGGGCAUGUCGGGCUACCAGAUCAGUAAGUCUGCAGUGCUGCGCUUUACGGAUCUUCUGGCGAGUGAGUAUCGUGAUCAGGGGAUCCUUUCGUUUGCGAUGUAUCCGGGGCCGGUGGCUACGGACUUGAUCAAGGUGUUUCUGCAGAAGGAGAGGGGCAUUUUUGUCAAUAGUCCUGGUCUAUGUGGAGAUACGAUUGCAUGGCUAACGCAAGAGCGCCGUCAAUGGUUGGCUGGAAGGCUUGUCGGUGCGAAUUGGGAUAUGGCUGAAUUUGUGGGGCGGCGUGAGGAGAUUGAGAAUGAUCGCAAAUUGAAGAUGGAGAUGGUGUUAUAG